AAGGGUGGAAAGUCUCUCACUCUCUCUAGUCUGAUAGUCUCUACUCUACUCUCUACAGUAAACCUAAUAAUAAGUAAGAAAGUAAGUGGGAAGAGAGAGAUGACAUCAGCAAUAGGAUGGUACGGACCCCUCAUCGAUCUCACCGAAGCCUCUCUCCACGUGGGCGACUUCGUUCAGCUCCUCGUUUUCGUUCACCGAUCAACUCCUACUGUUCAGUACAAGUUAUCAAAAGGCGGAGGAGGAGGAGGAGGAGAUCAGGUAAUAAGGACAGAAAUUCAAGUGGGUGACAACACACGACCAUUUUUUCCUGUCUCCCUAUGGCACAAGCAAAUGCAAUUAUCUACACCUGGUGAUGUCAUUUUGUUACAAAAUGUAAAGAUUGCAAAAUUUGGAGAUUUUGUUGAGGCCAGAACUGUCCAAUGCUCAUCGUUGCAAUGUUUAAUCCACCCUCAUGAAUCACUUUUGUCAAAGGGCGUUGAUGAUUUAAUAGCAAAUUGCCGAGUUGGGACAACAACAAAGGAAAAGCUUACGAGAGUAAUAGAAUGGUUACAGCGGUCUGGAUCCACUCUUUGCAAUCUUAACGUGCACAGUGAUCAAAAAAAGGGGCAUUUUUUAAGAAACUGGAAAGUGCUGGAAGAGACGAAAUCUAGGGACUGUUAUUCCCUUUCCGAAGUAACUCAUCUAUCCAACUCCUGCAAGGCAGUUUUCCAUGCAUUGGUUGGUGAAAUUUUUCUGCCAUAUACUCAGAAACCUCUGGGUGAUUCCGAGAAGGAAAAGAUGUUUAUCAGCAGGAGAUUAUAUAAAACAGGAGACACUAGUUUAGUAGAGGAUCUCAUUUGCACAGGCUGCCAGCUUUGUGGUUCCCCUUUGGAUUUGGAGUACAGCAAGUCCAUGUUUGAACAAAAUUCCAUUCCACGAUAUUGCUCAGAAAGUUCAAACCGCCUUCAUGCAGUGAGCUUGAUAUAUAGGCCCCUUAUGUUGUAUGUAUGGGAUGAAUCAGAAUACUUGCCCUUACUUGUCAGGAACAAGGCUGCAGAAAUCUUGUUUGGAAACAUUAGGGCUGAAAGGGUCUACUUAUGCUAUAGAGAGGAAAAGCACGAUUGGCAGCCUGAUCCAAAAGAUGUUCACAAGGACAGGCAUUUUUGCACUAGAGUCUCAAAUCACCCCAAAGCUGCUGCUGGAUUUCCAGGUUCUUUUUCAUCAGAUCCAGAGAUGAGUCUCAAAGGGAAGGGAAAACAAAGUUGUGACAAAAAGAUGAAGCUGUAUUUCAUUUGGUUAUUUUUUCUAAAAUUGUUGCUACAACAAGGAAAGAACAGUCCUUUGAAGUUUGAAGUCACUGUAAAUGCCAGCUUAGAUAGGGAAAAUGGGAGGUUUCAAAUGGUUUCCAUGUCGAUGCCAUGCUUCAGAGCAAAAUGAUCCAAAGUACAUUUCAUUCCUGGAAUCUGUGGAAUUUAUGUUACAGUAUCUUCUUAUAUGGAUAACCGUUCAAAAAAAUCCAUUAUAACA